AUGCCUUGGUUCCUCUCGGUUUUUUUCUGGGAACUAACAAGUUGAGAGGAUCCUCUGCUGCUGCUGCUGCUCGCCAGGAGAACAAACAUAACAGCGGGGCCUGAGUGCAACAAAAGAGGCUCCCUGGAAAACAUUUACAUGAUCUGUGGAAAAUUAACUCUCGGAUUUGCCCGUUGAGCAGCACAAGUCAUGUACCAAGUGGUGCCAGGAGGAGCCGGGGGCACAAUUACAGAUGUUAUCCCCAAGCAGAAACACAGCAAGGACACUCGACCCUUAGUCGGAGCUGGCGUAAUCGGCCUGGUGCUGGUAAUUGCUGCAGUGACUGCCUGGUGUUAUUACAUCGCCUCUCUACGCAAAGCUGAGCUGCUAAAGACUCAGCUGCUGGAUCUGAAUAAAGAUGGAUACAUUAUCCGCAACCAGGGAGGCUCCAUUGUUUUCAGAAUGGAUUUCAGGUCAGGGACCUUGGAUUUGGAUUCCUGCUCUAAAGAAGGGGAGAUGCUGAGCUGUGGACGCACCACUGAUAGAAAACUUAAUUUCUUUAUUGAGACAGUACGACCUAAGGACACAGUACAGUGCUACCGUGUGCGUUGGGAGGAACUGGUUCCUGACAUUCCUGUUGAGCAUGCCAUGACAUACAAGUUUGCACAUUGGUAUGGUGGUGCUGUGUCAGCAAUUCAGCACUGGCCCAUUUCUAUUUCUGGCCAACAAGCUCCCAAACCCUUUGUUACUAGUGACAUCUACUCAAACCGCAAUGAAUUUGGUGGUAUUUUAGAGAGUUAUUGGCUUUCAUCCAAUGCUACAGCCAUCAAGAUCAAUAAUUCUGUGCCCUUCCACCUGGGAUGGAAUGACACAGAGAAGACCAUGUACUUCCAGGCCCGAUACAAUGACAGUCCGUUCAAGCCAAACCCAGGGGAGGCUCCAUGUGCUGAACUUAGCUACAGAGUGUGUGUGGGCUUGGAUGUGACAUCCAUGCACAAGUACAUGGUCCGCAGGUACUUCAACAAGCCAAACAAAGUGCCAGCCAAAGUCAUGUUUCGCCAUCCAAUUUGGUCGACUUGGGCAUUACACAAGACUAAGAUAGACCAAGAGAAACUCUUGAAAUAUGCUGCCAACAUUCGCAAGCAUAACUUCAAUUGUAGCCACCUAGAACUAGACGACCGCUACUCGAGCCGCUACGGGGAAUUUGAGUUUGACACAACAAAGUUCCCCAAUGCUUCAGCCAUGUUUCAAAAGCUGAAAUCAGAUGGAUUUCUGUUGUCACUCUGGAUCCACCCUUUUGUGAACUAUGACUCAGAAAACUUCCACACUUGUGUAGAGAGGGGCCUGUUUGUCAGGGAGCCAACAGGACGUCUACCAGCUUUGGUGCGCUGGUGGAAUGGCAUUGGCGGCAUUUUGGAUUUCACGAAUCCAGAGGCCCGUGAUUGGUUUUCCUCACAGCUACGCUCACUGCGCUCCAGGUAUGGGGUGUCAUCUUUUAAAUUUGAUGCAGGGGAGACCAACUACUUACCAUGGAAAUUUAGCACAAGAACUCCCAUUCGAGACCCAAGUUUCUUCACGAGACGUUACACGGAAAUGGCUAUUCCCUAUAAUGAUAGAGCUGAGCUGCGUAGUGGUUACCAGUCCCAGAACAUUUCCUGCUUCUUCAGACCAAUUGAUCGUGACUCUGUGUGGGGCUAUGAGUUGGGUCUCAAGUCUCUUAUCCCCACAGUGCUCACCAUUAGCAUUCUUGGCUAUCAGUUCAUUCUACCGGACAUGAUUGGAGGCAAUGCCUAUCUGAACCGCACAGAAGGGAAUCAAGCAUUGCCUGAUCGAGAACUCUAUAUCCGCUGGCUGGAGCUGUCGGCCUUCAUGCCCUCCAUGCAGUUUUCUGUUCCACCAUGGGAGUAUGACAAUGAGGUGGUUGAAAUUGCACGGAAAUACACAGCUCUACAUGAAAGUAUUGUGGCCCCACGGGUCCUGGAGCUGGCUGGUGAGGUGCUGGACACUGGAGACCCAAUCAUACGGCCCCUGUGGUGGAUUGCCACAGGUGAUGAGACAGCCUAUAAAAUCGACUCCCAGUUCCUGAUUGGGGAUGACCUCAUGGUAGCCCCCGUUUUAGAGCCUGGAAAGCAAGAGCGUGACAUCUACCUCCCUGCUGGCCGUUGGAGAAGCUACAAGGGGGAGAGAUUUGAUAUCAAGGAGCCACUGCACCUCACAGACUAUCCAGUAGACCUGGAUGAAAUUGCUUACUUUGUUUGGGUGUAGCAAAAAGGGAAUGCAAAGCUAAACACACUUGAUAUUAUCCAUGCCACAAUUUCCAUGUGAGACAAGUUUCGAAAAGUUAGCUUUGAUACUUGAGACAUUUGAUGCUAGAUUGUUUUUUGUGGUUAAAGCUUUCACGAAAGAAAUAAGAAAUCCGAUAUUAACAGCACAUGAAAACAUUUCUAUUUUUAAUUGUUAGGGCUAUUUCAUGUGAAGUAAUGAAUGCAACAGCUUCUUAUGCAUUUUUUGUGGUUUAUAUGAAAUAAGUGUCCUUCAAAGUGAGAAACUUUUUAUAUAUAUAGUGAUAUAGUGUUAAUGAUUAAUUGUGUGUGGUAUGUGGUCAUAGUUACAAUUAAAGCAAUAUCUGUUUUAAGUUUGCUAACAUUAGCCAUUAUAAGCUACUGGUCAAAUUAGACCAUACAUGGCUCUAAUAGUAAAAUCUGAGCAUGUACUGCAGUAAUUGUGUGUAUAAUGCUUCUUAAUUCAGCUUUUCAUUUGUACAAGAAAGGACCUUGUUUAAUCUUUCUAAAGUUAAAAAUUCUUGCUUUGAAGAUCUUUUAUAUCGUGUAUAUCAAAACAUCAGGGAAUAUGCUAACAGGGAUUUAAUUAAGGCACAAUUGCAAUGGUAGACAACAAAGUUGCUUUUGAAUGUCACAGUACUUAGUAGUUAACAAGUCACUUCAUAACUUACGGUGUUCCCAAACACUCAUCUAAAAUUGUCUGUUGACUAUGCACUUGCUUGUGUCCUCAGCAACACACUCACUAAUGUUUGAAAUAAAGAGAGACACACAUACUUUUUAGUAAAUAUAGGCCAAAAAAUUUGUAUGAUGCAAGGUUGAUAUAAGAUUUCAUUGUUGUCAUAAGGCAGUUAGACUUCAUUAAACCCGUAUCUAUGAAGAUUCCCAGUUUGUCUGAGAUAUCCCACUUUGCCUUUGACACUAAUACAUUUGUACUCUUCUGAAGGGAAACAUUUUUACUUUACAACUUUUUAGGAUGUUGGGUUUUAUGUUUUACUUCUCAGUGUGAAUGCUUGAAAGUUAAUCACAACAAAUUGCAUGUGCUUUGUGUGUAACACAGUAACGUCACUUAGCCCAGAAGAAGAUGACUUUAAUUAGGCACUAAAUAUUUUAUGCUCUUCCUCAGGUUCAACAGUUUUCUCAGGCUGGAGUGUUUUUAAUGUUGAGAGUAAACAAGCAGACAUGCAGGAUACUGAUACUAGUAAUGUCUAAUACAUUGACAUGUCUACAACUUACAACAUAAUGAGCAUCACUUUUCUCGAACGUAAAACCUAAAUAAUAGUGGUUUGUUUCCUUUAUAUCCAGACUUUUUUAAAGUGUGGAAGUCCAUAUAAGUAAUGAAUUUAGCCUCAUUUAAUUAAUCACGUUAAAUGGUACGGUGUGUUUUGUCACUUUGUGUUUUGUUGAUGUGAAUAUUUUGUCACUGCAGUGACUCAAGUGCCAUGUGUUAAUUAUAAUUGCCACAUAAAAAUGUGAUUUUUGUUAUGCUAUGCAUUUAUUAUUGUUUUAUUGUUGCAUAUAAUUCUUAAUUUCUUUAAAUAUUCAACAUGAAAAGAACAACUACAUUGGUAUCUUGGCAUCUAGUGAUCAAACUGAUGCUGAUAUUCUCAUUAAAUUCUGAGUAUGAGAGCAAGUCUAAUAUCAGUUCUAAUACUUAACAUCAUUCACAUCAAUUUCUUCUUUUAGAGGAUUUAAAAUCAUGUGACUAAAGGGAAAUAUUGUUGCGCAAUGUGUCCAUUUGUUACUUUCUGUAGUUGUUUGGAGCUUUUUGAUUUGUUGAUAUUAUUCCUGAGGACUUUUCAAGCUGCAAAGAAAAAAAUAUUGUAUGUUUGUGAAUUAAGGAAAAGGAAACGUCCACAGUCCCAUGGUGCAAUUUUCACCUUUGGCAAUAUUUGCUUGUAUGUGGUUUUCAGACCCAUGUUAACUUUGUACAUGUGACUUGUGAUUUACACAUGUUGACCUUGGUGGGUUUUGUUUGUGCCUUUUGCUAUAGUGUCAUCAUAACAGCACCGCCUAUUUAUAGCAGUUCUCACUCAGCAUCUGGGCCAAGCCAAUCUCUGAGGCUAUAUCUGUCUCAGACUGUUGCUUUAUGACGAGAGGCUCUUUUGGACUGAAUGUUUCUUUGCUGGUGGCCCCUGUGACCCAGCGUGUCCUGUUUGCGUCAGGUUGUUGUGGCUGAAGGAACAUUUGCAUGUGACUAAGGGCUAGCAUUCAUUUCAGAGACAGUGCAUAUUUUAUGUCCUAUGUGAUACAAAUGUAUUAAAAAGAUUUUUGCAUCGAA